AGGUGGCAGCCGCAGUCCUCAUUCCGCUCCAGCGUCGAAGACGUGUCCGUAGCCGCCGACGAUCCACCGAUUUGAAGACCUCGCGCGUCUUCGUCGUCCGCCGCGACGUGGCCGUUUCGGCUCGCCGCCGAGGGUAGCGGGAUUGAUUGGAUAAGAGUUCGUUGUAGAAGCGUCGGUGCCAGGGUGCAGGAUGCGGUGAGAGAUUAGCGGUUCGAUCCCUUGAAGUGAAGAGCAACCGAUCUACGAUGCUGGUUCCGCCUGACAUGCUGGCGGCCCAGUCGAAGAUGGUGUACCAGAUAAACAAGUACUUCGGCGAGCGGGUCAUGACGCGUAAGAGCCAGGUGACCAAGACCAUCCAAGAGGUCUGCCGGGUCGUCCAGGACGUGCUGAAGGAGGUCGAGGUCCAGGAGCCGCGGUUCAUCUCCUCCUUGACGGACUACAACGGUCGCUUCGACGGUCUGGACGUCAUAUCGCCAACGGAGUUUGAGAUCGUUAUAUACCUGAACCAGAUGGGCGUCCUGAACUUCGUAGACGACGGCACGCUGCCGGGCUGCGCGGUCCUGAAGCUCAGCGACGGCCGGAAGCGCUCGAUGUCGCUUUGGGUCGAGUUCAUCACGGCCUCCGGCUAUCUAUCGGCCCGCAAAAUUCGCUCGCGAUUCCAGACCCUAGUAGCUCAGGCCUGCGACAAGUGCGCAUACAGGGACUCGGUGAAGAUGAUCGCCGACACGACCGAGGUCAAGCUCAGGAUCCGGGAACGAUACGUCGUCCAGAUCACCCCGGCUUUCAAGUGCGCCGGACUCUGGCCGCGGUCGGCAUCGCAUUGGCCGAUUCCCCACAUUCCUUGGCCUCAUCCCAACAUCGUCGCCGAGGUGAAGGCCGAGGGCUUCGACAUGCUGUCGAAGGAGUGCAUCGGACUGCAGGGAAAACAGUCCGCGAUGGAGGGUGACGCUUGGGCUCUGUCCUUCAUCGACGCGGAGAACCGGCUGCUGCAGGGCGCGAGCCGCAGGCGGUGUCUGAGUAUCCUUAAGACCCUCCGCGACCGGCACCUAGACUUGCCUGGCAACCCGGUGACCAGCUAUCACAUGAAGACGCUGCUCUUGUACGAGUGCGAGAAGCAUCCUCACGAGGCCGAGUGGGACGAGGCUUGCCUCGGUGACAGGAUAAACGGGAUAUUCCUCCAGCUAAUAUCGUGUCUUCAGUGCCGACGGUGUCCCCAUUAUUUCCUACCCAACCUGGACCUCUUCAAGGGUAAAUCGCCCAGUGGACUUGAAAACGCUGCUAAACAAGUGUGGAGACUUACGAGAGAGUUGCUAACAAAUAGCCGUGCCCUAGAAAAGUUGUAGUAGAAUUUAACGAAGGGAAACGGGAAACGAAACGGAAAUUUAUCUGAACAGUGUCACCGUCUUAGUUCUCGUCGUUCUCGUUGUUCUUGUCGUUCUCGUCGUUCGUCUUCGCGUAUGCGUUAUACAUUACAUUAUUACAUAAUAAUAGGGAUCCCGGCAAUAUUAGGUAUAUGUGAUUCAACUGUGUUUCCGUGUCUAACAUUAUCGUGCCAUAUAAUAAUAUAACGAGUCGUGCAAAUGACGCUCUAAUUUCCUUCCUCCAUUUUCGUUCACGUUCAAAAUUGAUAUAACGUACACUUACAUGUUCGCACAGACUGCAGUGUGAAAAAUAAUUCAAACAAGCUUUGUCUAAGUGAGUGUCAACGGCAAAAAAAACUCUUGUGUGUUUAUCAGUUGUGUAGAAAUCGAGAGAAAGGGUCGUUCUCCGCGCCAAGUAUAUACAAUAUAAAAGAAACAGGAAGGAAAAAAACACGAACAGUGUAUAUAUAUGCAUGUUAGUA